AAAAUAAAUCGUUUGUAGUCUAUGCUCUAUGGUUCUGUGCAUUUGUAAACAAAGCUGAAUUUUUUAUCAUUUAGUUUAUAAAAUAACACAGAAAUACUUAUUAAAUAAUAAAGAAUUUGUAAUUAAAAUGGGUGACGAAGACGUUAUCCGCCGAAGACUUCUUAUUGAUGGAGACGGCACGGGAGACGACAGAAGAUUGAAUGUCCUUCUCAAAACACUCAUAAAAUGGUGUAAUACCGACGAUAAACCCGAAGAAAGUAAAACAACUCAUGACCGUAUGUUAGCACAGCUUGCGCAGUGCGAGUUUGCAGUCACAAAAUCUCAACUAGCCUCUGAAAUGAUGGCUGCCGAAUUAAAAAGCUACGAAGCAUUAUCCCACAUACUGGAAACCGGCAUAGAGGCUGCUAAAGGUAACAUCGAGAAGAGCAAGGCUGAUCUGGCACAAGCAAAGGUGGUCCGUAAGAACAGAAUUGAGUAUGAUGUGCUCGCAAAGGUAAUCAGUGAACAGCCAGACAGAAAACAGACAAACGAAAAGCUUAGUACUUUGAAAACGGAACUGGCUAGUCUAGAAACUUCUAAGCAGCAGUUGGAAAGCCGUUUGUCAUUACGAAAGAAACAGUUCCAUGUUUUGGUAACGUCCAUACAUCAAUUGCAAGCGUUGUUGGAUGAGCCUGAAGAUGUUGACUCUGUGUCUGAUGAUGUUGAAAUGAAGGAAGUGGUGAAUGAAGUAUAAAUAAGUCUUAUGUAAGUUGGUAAUUUUUAAUAAAAUCUUGUAAUAUUUG